GCGCUGAUGACGCGGCAGGGGCGGGGCCGCCCGCGGUGAUGGCGGCGGUGGCGGCGAUGGCGGCGGCGCUGCGGGGCUGGGCCGAGGCGGCGGCGCGGGCGGACGAGGCGGCGCGGGCGGCUCUGGCGGCCUCGGCCCCGCUGCUGGGCGCGCUGGCCGCGCUGGCCGCGCAGAUGCGGGCGGUGCGGAGGCUGCGGUGGGACGCGACGCCGCUGGGCGCCUUCCCGGAGCUGCGGGCGCGGCUGUGGCGGAAGCAGCGCGGCGCGGCCGAGGCGCUGCUGGAGCAGCUGGGCGGUCGGCGGGAGGAGCUGCGGGCCGUGCGGGACGCCGUGGGCGCCGCCGGUGCCGCCGUGCUGCGGCUGUACGAGGAGCGCGGCCCGGCCGAGCUGGGGCUGGCGGCGGCUCUGCGGCGCGGCCCGCGCUGCCCCUCGCUGGCCGACGUGUUGGAGGGGCUGCAGGACGUGGAACGCUGCUACCGGCACCUGUACUUGGAGAGCAAACUGCUCCUGCAGCGCCUCAGCUUGGACAGCCUGGCGGACGUGGAAGCGCUCCCACAGGCCUGGGAGAGGAUUUUGGAGCGCUACAAGGGAGAUGGCGUCGUUCAAGAUACGCUCCUGAAGGUGUCGCUGUUUGUGGAGAACCAUCGGGAGGUGAGCUGCUCACCUGGCUCCUGAGAGGGCAGCAGGGACUGGCACUGACCAACUUCUGGCAUGUUCUGCAAAGGGGAUCAGCAAUUCAGGGAGCUCUCCUGGUGCUUUUUGGAAGCUGAAGGAGUUGAGUCUUUUCCUCAGCAUGAAGUGCUUGAACUGUGCCAUUUUUGAAGUGGAAAUGGUUUUGGUCUCUGAAGAAGAGGCUGAACCAAAAAAACCAUGAGGACAGAAGGGAGUCACCUCCAGCUGUGGAAUUUGUCCUUUCCUUCUCCUGACAUGGAUGUUUUACAUCAUGGAAAAAAUGUUGAUACUUACUUAAGUGAGGUGCUACAGAUGUAUGAGUGUAACAGAGUCCUUCAGGCUGGUGCCUUGAGAGAUACUUGGGCUCUGUCCUGAUAAAUAAAGAAAAUGUUGGAUUAGGGCUUUGAAACAGUGGUCACCUCAUGUCCUUGAGCUGUGUGUUUGCAUUCACCCCACCUGGGUGUGGAGGAGGAAGGAAGCAAAUCUGAAAAUGUAAAUCUGGAGCUGCCUGAGUUCUGACAGGGGCAGUGUUCAGGGGUGUUGCAGAACGCUGCUCUGUCACCACUGAAAUCAGUGUUAAAAUAUCACUCUGGUAGCUGCUGCUGACAGUCCAGGGACACUUUUUGUGGGCCGUGGCACUGAUCCUCUGAAUGUUCCUGGGAAUUAAAGGGGUGUUUGUCUCUAAAACAUGUAUUUGUUAAGGAGCUGCAGCCUCUCAGAGAAAGCCAAUAAAGAAUUGCAUCAGA